GCUUCGUGGUCCGAGCUUGCUUCCAUGUGAAAUUUUGGCUGGACGGAUCGAACAUAUUUGAUAUCAGCACUACUAUCACGAUGGAGGCCGAGGGGCGUGUCGCGAAGAGGCAGAAGCUGUCGAAUGGCGUGGCAAAGGCGUCGCGACCCGCGGGACAGUCAAGACUUUUUGCGCCUUACAGGACCGUCGGAUUAGUCUCGCCGACCGCAGUACCCUUCACGAGUGUGCCGCUGGGCAAGACGACAUUCCAGAUCACCACUUCCGUAGGCCGAAGCCUGCAAACGUACGAUUUACGACGAGGCCUCAAUCUGGUCUUCAUUACCCGACCGCAGACUCCCGAAGUCAUCACUGCGACCGCAGCAUGGAAAGACUGCAUUUUCGCCGCAUGGGGAGGCGAAGAUGCCGAAUCGGCGCGAGGCGUAUGGGUGAUGAAGCGAGGCAAGAAAGAGGCGGAGCUAGAAUGGCCAGCAGACUGCGAUGAGAAUGUCAGCACUUUCUGUGUGCUGGGGAGCUGGCUGAUCGGAGUUUGCGAUACACAACUGCUGGUGUGGAAAACGACCACCUUUGAGCUCUACACGUCGCUGCGAGGCAUCUCGCCCGUGCCCUUCACCAGCUGCAUAUCUGGCUUGCCUACCUUCUUGAACAAGGUCAUUGUAGGCAGACAGGAUGGCAGCGCUGAAAUCUGGAAUGUCUCAAGCGGCAAGCUGGUCUACACCAUUCUCCCGCCUUCCACUGCAUAUGGCGCCGUGACGGCCAUUGAACCAACUCCUGCGCUAUCUCUGGUUGCAAUUGCGUACGAGAAAGGGCCGCUGCUUAUCCACGAUGUAAAAUCAGACCGCACUGCAAUCCAGCUCAAUACACCUGCAGGUGCUCCGAUCACUUCGAUAACAUUCCGAACAGAUGGGCUAGGUGCCGGGGAAGAUGGAAGACUGGCCGGUGUCAUGGCGACUGCUUCCACUUCCUCUGGCGAUGUGACUUUGUGGGACCUCAACGACGGUGGUCGGAAAGCAGGCGUACUCAGAGCUGCACAUGCCCAACCUACAGCCACGACUCCGGGAGGAACCAGCAAGAUCGAAUUCUUGGCAGGUCAAGCGAUUCUUGUUAGCAGUGGUCUCGACAACAGUCUCAAGACAUGGAUCUUUGACAAGACGCCUUUCGACCCUCUACCUAGAAUAUUGCAUGAGCUCAGUGGUCAUGGCGCUCCAGUCUCGAAGCUGAUGUUCUUGCCUACAGCCUCAGACGGCGCAGACGAUGACGGAAAAUGGCUAUUGUCUGCCAGCAAAGAUCGCAGUCUAUGGGGCUGGUCACUUCGCCGCGACAGACAGAGCACAGAGCUCAGUCAAGGCGCAAUACAAAAGAAAGCCAAGAAGCAAGGCUUGCUGUCUGGUGAUCGAGACGCCUUUGAAGAUCUCAAAUGCCCUCCUAUUACGGGAAUUGCAUGCGGCUUGAACAGAGAUGGUGGCAUUGGUGCUCUGCCCGGCAAGCAUCCCAUCUGGCAGAACAAUGCCAAGUCCAAGCAGGUCAGUGCUGAAGUCAGUGCUAUGACAGGAUGGGAGAGCGUAUUGACGGCCCAUGAAAACGAUCCCAAGGCACGAACUUGGUUCUGGGGAAGGAAGCGUGCAGGUCGCUGGGCAUUUUCCACAAGCGAUGGGGGCAAUGUGACAUCUGUCGCGCUGUCGCCAUGCGGCACUUUUGGUGUCGUUGGCUCGGACAAAGGCGGGAUCGACAUGUUCAACAUGCAGUCUGGUAUACAUCGUCAACGCUUCCCUGCUCGUUUAACACCCAUGCAGGCGAAGCAGUUGAGACUGGACGUGGAACGCAACAAUCUGAUCUUGGAAGACGACGGAAAGAAGAAAUUCUAUCGAGGUCAAGGCAAACAUGCAGCAGCUGUCGUAGGACUGGCUGUCGACAGUCUGAAUAAGACAGUCGUGUCUGCUGGUGCAGAUGGCAAGAUUAAAUUCUGGAGCUUCAGUAAUGGCCUGCUGACGGGUCAGCUGGAUUGGUCGAGCUCAACGGGCAUUCUUGAUAUGCGGUUCCAUCGUGCAUCGGACCUGGCAGCAUUCACCUGCACUGAUGGCUGCAUUCGUGUGAUCGACAUCAAGACACAGAAGCUGGUGCGAGAGUUGUGGCGCUCACGAACGCCAGUAGCUGAGCUGAAGGGUCUGAAGUUCUCCGACUUCACAUUCUCCACAGACGGACACUGGCUUACUGCUUCUGCUGGGCAGCUAGUCUUUCUUUGGGAUCUGCCGACAGGUCAUCUCGUGGAUGUGUUCAAGCUCAAAGACGAAUGUACGACUCUGGCAUUCUCGCCUACGGGUGAGUACUUGGCGACGGCCACCAAGGAUAACGUCGGAGUUGACAUCUGGACCAAUCGCAGUCUCUUCACCCAUGUCUCCACACGUCACAUAACGCAGAAGGAACUCCUCGCAGUCAUUCAUUCGACUACGACCUCAGCUCCGACAGCUUCUGGCGAAGGUAGCACAAACCUCAUCGCAGCAAGCGCACACAAGUCAGACGCAGAAGAAGACGGAGAAGCCAUCGAUCUGGACACCGACCCAGCAUCGGAACUCGACACACUCUCCGCAGAUCUUCUCUCCCUCUCUCUCGUUCCUCGUUCCCGAUGGCAAAACCUCCUCCACCUAGACCUCAUCCGCCAAAGAAACAAACCCACCGAAGCCCCCAAGAAACCCGAAAAGGCACCUUUCUUCCUCCCUUCUCUUCAAGACCUCCCUCAACAAAAACCCGGCGCUUCCUCCUCCACCAACCCCUCCGCAGACGAAAUCGAAAAAGAACGCUCCCGCGUCCUCAAACUCGCCUCAUCCGGCACGCAAUCCCAAUUCACAACCCUCCUCCACUCCUCCUCUUCCUCUCAAGACUUCUCCCCUUUCCUCACACACCUCCAAUCUCUCCCACCCGCCACAGCCGACAUCGAAAUCCGAUCUUUAUCGCAUACUGACAACGAACAUGUCGCUUUUGUGCAAGCCUUGACGUGGAAGUUGAGGAGUAAACGCGAUUUUGAAUUGGUGCAGGCUUGGAUGGCGGUUUGGUUGAGGGUUCAUGGGGAUUUGGUGACGCAGGAUGAGGAGGUUAGGGGUGUUGUGAGGGAGUAUAAGGAGGCGCUGGAAGAAGAGAGGAAGAGGGUGGAGAAGUUGGUGGGGUUUGUUGGGGGGAUGGUGGGGUGGGUUAGGGCUGCGAGGGUGUAAGAUCGAAGUGGAAAGGUUGGGUGUAUAAUAUGAUGGGACGAGGAUCGUUCUGCUACAUUGUAAGGCUUGUGAGAAUGGCAGUAACCUGUGGUUGUGCAAAGACCGACGGAAUUCGCAUGAUUCUGUACACACUUUCGAUGCUCGUGUGCACCGACUCUAGUUGCGUGAUUCAUGCGCCUGGCAAUGUCCGGAACGAUCAGGAGUUCUCCGCUACCUCAUGAAGGCUUGAAGAACAUCCUACUCCUUCGUAUAAAUUCAUAGCAAACGCAGCACCUCGAGCCGAGAAUCCAUGCUGAGGUGCAUGCGAAGUGUGCAAACCCUUUAUGUGUUCAAAUGGAAU